UUUAUUCCAGUAGUUCACAGCUGACUGAAGAUGGAGGUUCUGGGGAUUGUUGAUGUGCCCGCUUUGCUCCUAACUCUGUUAUUGUUCUGUUUGUCUGUUUACUUGUAUUCAAGAUAUAAGUUGAGCUUUUGGAGUAGACGUGGUGUCCCUCAUCCUAAACCAACAUUAUUCAAAGGCCUUAGCCCUUUGAUGAAAGAUGGUGUUGGAGAAUUUGACUUGAAAAUGCAUUCGACGUACGACAAGGUUGUUGGUAUAUACACGUAUCACAAACCGUCCCUUCUGAUCCUGGACCCAGAGCUGACACGAGAUAUCAUGAUCAAGGAUUUCUCAACAUUCCCGAAUAGACCG